CACACUCCACACCUGCGUCGUUGGCCAUCCCCCUGCGGACCUACAGUGCGACCUGGCCGGAACCGCGCGAGGCGCCUCUGUCUCUUUCGUGUCCGUAAUUUCCAUUUUGCUGACUAGAAGAGACCAAGAUCCCAUUCCGCAAAGAUGUCGACCGCAGCGGCUGUGACAGAGGCAGGCGGGGAAUUCGACGAUGCGCCGGAGGAUGUGGGCUUUUCAUCACUUCCUGGCCAGCAGGUUAAACCCGGUCUGUACUCCAAUGGUGUAAAUGGCACCUCGGAAAAUCUGGAGUCGGCCCAGCUCGCGGAUCCAGACCUUUCCGAUUCACAAGACGAGGACGAUAGCGAUGAUGGCGAAGGAUACGAGAGCGAAAAAGUCCGCGAAUACUUCGAGUACCUCCGGACCCGGCAUUCGAACGAUGAAGAAGAGGAAGACGAGGUAGAAGAAGCGAGAGAAGAGGAGGCGAUGGGCCGUGUGGAGGAUGCAGACUGGGAAUUGUCAAGAGGUGACUUCACAAAGGCCUUCAACCGCUCACGACAAGCGGACGCCGUGCUUCGCGGGACCACAUGGCAUCAUGGUGCUUCAACGACUGGAGCUCUACCAGCCAUGAAUCGCCGCCCUGCACCUUUACGCGCCGCAAAAGAUAUUGCUACUGAAAUUAUUGCCGGGGAUGCUGCUACCGGCGGUGCUUCUUCCGCUGCUGUGCAAGUUGCCCAGCACAAGGACAAGACGUCUGCGCAACUCGCUCAACUAUCCGCCCGCUUCAGCGCCCGACUUUCCUUGCAGGAGAGAUACGACCCUUCUUUAUCUGUCGGCGGCCGUCUAGGUGCAUCUGUGGUACCACGCAAGGCAAUUGGCGAAGGACACGCGCGGGUGAAGGACAAGAGCGAUCGGGCGACGAACCAGCAAGUUCUUGAUCCGAGGACCAUGCUUAUCCUUUUCAAGAUGGUUCAACGUGGGCUUUUGGAAACCAUCAACGGCGUCAUCUCUACUGGCAAAGAGGCGAAUGUCUACCACGCCUUUACUUCAGUGCCUGAAGGCUCGCCGGAAGGCACCCCGCCGGGCAGCCUGGCGCUGAAGAUCUACAAGACGUCCAUUCUUGUCUUCAAGGACCGCGAUCGCUACGUUAGCGGCGAGUUUCGCUUUCGACACGGCUACAGCCGCCACAACCCUCGCAAGAUGGUUCGCCUCUGGGCAGAAAAAGAGGCAAGGAACCUCAAACGAUUGUAUGCGGCUGGCAUUCGCAGCCCCAAAGUGGAGGAGCUGAGGGACCAUGUGCUGGUCAUGGAAUUCCUCGGAAAGGUAGAUGGCUGGGCGAGCCCACGACUGAGAGACGCUGAAAGUAGCAUUGAUGCCGAGGAGGAGCAAAAGCAAGGGAGGUGGGAGGAACUCUACCGGGAGCUCUUGGCGGCUAUGCGGAUCAUGUACCAGCAUUGCAGGCUGGUGCAUGCGGACUUGAGCGAGUAUAACGUUCUCUACCACAACCAGCAUCUCUACAUCAUCGACGUGUCUCAAUCAGUAGAGCACGACCACCCGCGCGCAUUCGACUUCCUGCGCGCAGAUUUGCAGCACGUUGACGACUACUUUUCCAAGCACGGCGUGCAUACGCUCGGACUGCGCCGCAGCUUCGAGUUCAUUAUCCGCGAAGGCGAGACGGCCUCCGGUAGCAGCACGCAUGCUGCUUCAGAGGUCGGGAGAAUAAAUUCGGCGACAGACGAGAGAGAUGAGCGGCGAAGUGGCGCUCGCAAAGGCGGGAAAGCAGGACUAGCCCAGAUGAUGGAAGGAGGCGAGGCGGACGAAGAAGCGCUGCUGGACUCCUUGCACAAGUCCAAGGAUGGAAAUGCAGCAGAUCGGCAUCAACGAGCUGAUACUUCCGCCGCGGCGGCAACUACAGCAGUUGUGGUACAAGCCAAAUCCACUGUGCCAGUGAUCAAAUCAGAACAUGAGCUGGAGCUGAUGCAAGUGAUCAGAGAGAUGAUGGAUGCGCGAGAUGUGCAGCAAGAGGGAGAGUCCGCGCAGAACGUGUCUUCCUCCGAAUCGACCUCCCAUCCAUCGACAUCACAUCAAGGGAGCGCCCAACCGCCACCCGCACUAACCGCAAAUGAAGAGGCCAUUUUUGCGCAGUCUUAUAUUCCACGUACGCUCAACGAGGUCUACGACCCCGAACGUGACGUCGAGGUGUACACCAAAAAAGGUGCAGGGGAGCUGAUCUACGCUACGGCGACGGGUAUGGAUCGCCUCCCUGCUGUGCGAACGGCUGAUGGUGGGGUGGCGCAGCAAAGCUCGAGGAUGACACAAGCUAAUUUUGAGGCGGGUGGUACUCAAUCGGGACCGGCUGACGAAGGCGCAGAUGCAAACUCCGACACAGAAUCAGAUUCUGACGGAGACUCUCAGGGCUCCUCGCGAGAAGACAGCAAGGAAGAAGGCCCGCGCCAGCCACGCGGGCACAGACACGAAGACCGGGACGCGAAGAAGGGGAGAAAGAAGGCUGUGAAAGAGGCGGCGCGAGAGAAGCGCAAAAACAAGAUGCCGAAGAAGGAGAAGAAGGCGCGGGUAAAGAAGAGUAGCGGUGGGAAGUAGGCGUGUUACCUUCUAUCAAACCUGCUUGCCGGCACCCGCACAAUCUUGCCAAUGCAAGUGUCCUUUUGAAAGGCAUGUCACACUGGUGAUUUCUGCGCGCCAUGCAAGCGCUCGUCUCCUAAUACUGUUUUCUUAGUGGCAACAAAGUAUUUCAUUGUGGUG